ACCGAACACUAGAAACAUCGGUCUCGGCUCUGAUAACGUGAUCGGCGUUACCAUGGUGCUUGCCAACGGCAGCAUCGCUCAACUAAAGCAGGACAGCACCAUCAUAACAGACGUUGACGGAAAGGAAAGUUCCAGUGAUGACCCGGACUUGUUCUGGGCCAUCCGCGGCGGCGGCGGUGCCUUUGGGGUCAUCACCGAGUUUACAGUGAAGCUGCACAAGGCCAAUACGGGGUUCACAAUGUUCUACGCUAACUUCAAGUUCAACGAUGAAGUCGAGAAGAAUAAGGUGUACGCAGGCGACGUGAUGGCGUUCUACUUUGAAGAGGUUCUGCCAAACAUGGACCAGGGCUGGAGCGGGUACAUUAUCCUAUCUGCAGGAAUACGGACGCCGGCGGGAUUUACGGCAGGCAGCGUGCAAUUCAUCCUGCUUCACAACGGCAAGGCAACCACCGCGGAACGAGAGCAGGUGAUGCCCUUAACGACCUUCCGCCCCGAAUGGCAAGCCUCCGUCGCUUUUACGGAUUUCCCAGAUUUCUGGGAAUAUCAGAAGAACGCCAACGAUCCCACGGGCUUUCCUAUUGGAAUAGACAGUCGUCUGCAACAGAUGGAGUUUCUCACAAACGACUUCGCACAGGAGAUGUCGAAGCUAAUGUACGAUGGAGCGACUAGAGGGGAAGACUUUGCCCACAUCACCUGCACGAUGGUGCAUGUCGGAGGUCUGGCAUCGGGCAACCGUAACACGACGUCGGUUAGCGACGACAUGCGUGAUGCGACGCUGUCAUCUACCUGCGGAGGAACAUGGAACGAAUAUGGCGAAGAAAGCCUGCUCAACUUCUUCAAGGAUGAGUGGAACCCCAUGAUGAGCAAAUAUGGCCGUGGUGUGUACUACAACGAACCGGGGUUCGAACUCACAAACUACGCUGACGAUUUCUGGGGACCAAAGUACGAUCGUUUACUCGAGAUCAAAGAGAAACAUGAUCCCAAUAACGUGUUCAAUUGUAAUCAAUGCGUUGGCUGGGAGAAGGUAGCAACCGGCAGCGGGCGACAACUGUAGUCCUACUAUACAUGUAGCACACUCUUGCUGACGGCUCUCAUAACAGCGCAUUUCAUCUAAAAUAAAAUAUUCCUAGUCGACAGGUAGAUUUCUGUUACUCUGUAGAAGCGGUUGGGGAUAAUAUGUUUAUAGAUUAGUGUUGUGUAGUAUGGUCGCGAAGGAGUGCGUGUGUUGAAUCAACAUUAUUAGUAGUUAUCAGUAGCAGCAAGUCACAUACACAUACAGAUAAAAGUGCUCUAUCAAUGCAGUUGACAUCAUCUUAACUGAAUUUAUUUCUGGACAACAGUGUACAUGUUCAAAUAAUCGAGUAAUCAUAACUGUUGCGCAAAACAUUGAUGCUGUUAUAACCUGAAUAUAAUUAGAGUUGCGGCAGCUUGUGAGCAAUAUUCGAUCGUCAUCGUUUAUCGAAAUUAUGACAAGUGAGUUCCGGAACGGGCUUUAAGAGUUUACGCAGGACUAGAAAACAGCAAAUAAAUGCAAAUAUUAAUUCAAAUAAAUGUACGUUUUAUAGUUUGCACUGUGAAUCAUAAGAAAUUUAGCUGUCAUGUGCAACAAUACAAAAUAAUGAAUACUCAA